CCAGAAAAUGCUGGUCAAGCUUCCUGAAUGGGUGACAACCAGGUGGAACCGCUACGUCUCAGAGCAGCUGGAUCAAGGCUAUGAUUAUCCAAGCUUUCAUGAGUUUGCUUCGUUCAUCGCUAAAGAGGCACGUAUUGCAUGUAAUCCAGUGUCAUCCUUACAUGCUUUAAAGCACUCUGCAGAGACACCGGUAAGAGAGAUGAAGCGCUCAAAAGCAAACACAUUUGCCACAAAUGUGAAGGAUCCAGUUUCAUCAAGCUCCACAUUCAAACCAGACCUCGAUGAAAUCUGGCCGAGAGAUUCUGAAAGAGUAAAGAAGCGGAGCACAUCAUUACAGAACUCAAACACAGGCAAGUGUAUCUGCUGUGGAGAAAACCACUCCAUACAUAAAUGCAAAAAACUAACAGAAAUGUCCGCAGAAGAAAAGAAAUUGUGUAUACAUGAGAACAAGUUGUGUUUUGCAUGUCUGAGGAAAGGUCACAACUCUAGAGACUGUAGAAACAGAGCCAUGUGUGGCAUAUGCAGAAAGAGUCACCCAACUCCAUUGCAUGAAAAUCGUUUCCCAGCAGUUUCUAAGCAAAGUGCAGUUGAGGAAAGCACAUCCUCAUUGUCAUGCAGUGUGAAGGGAGGAGAAGGUGGUAGCACUUCAAUGAUUGUACCAGUGUGGAUUUCAGCACCUAACGCUCCUGAUAAGGAAACCUUAGCAUAUGCCCUACUCGACACGCAAAGCAGUCACACAUUUGUUGAUCAAGAGGUGUGUGAAAAACUUCAGGCAGUGUCGCAGCCAGUAAAAUUGAAGCUCUCCACCAUGAUGGGGAAAGAUUCAAUUGUGGAGAGUCAAAGAGUAUGUGAUCUCAAAGUCAGAGGUUUCUCCUCAAACAUUUCCAUCAACUUACCUCCAGCCUACACGAGAGACUUUAUUCCUCUUGACCGUGCACAUAUCCCCACCUGUCAAACAGCCAACAAAUGGAAACACCUUAACAACAUAGGCCAAGAGAUACCCCCAUUAAUGGACUGUGGUGUUGGAUUAUUGAUUGGCUAUGACUGCUCGAGAGCGUUAAUCCCGAGAAAAGUCAUCACUGGGGGUGACUAUGAACCCUACGCCAUUAAAACUGAUCUCGGUUGGAGCAUUGUGGGAAGUGUGCCUCAGCAUGUGAAUGCUAAAGAUGUGACUGGUCUUUGUCAUCGAGUGUCUGUCAGAGAACUGCCACCUAUAACGCCACCUUCGGUCAUUAAGGCUCUUGAGUCUGAUUUUGCAGACACAAAAUCAUGUGACAAAAGCAUAUCUCAAGAAGAUAUUUGCUUCUUGCAGAUCUUAAGAGGAGGAGUUCAGCAAAACGAGCAUGGUCACCUUGAGAUGCCUCUCCCCUUUAAGGUACGUCCUCACCUUCCAGACAAUAAAAAGCUGGCUUUGGCUCGCCUGAAGCACCUUAAAAGAAAGCUGGACAGAGAUCCCAAGUUCAAAAGGGACUAUGUAAGGUUCAUGGAAGGUGUGUUCAAGGAUGAUGAGGCAGAGAAAGUAGACACCCAACCAGAGCCUGGAAAAACCUGGUAUAUCCCACAUCAGGGGGUUUAUCACCCCAGGAAACCAGACAAGAUCCGGGUGGUUUUUGAUUGCUCUGCAAAGUAUGAAGGCACCUCAUUAAAUGAUCAUUUGUUAACAGGACCUGACCUUACAAAUGGUCUCACAGCUGUACUAUGCCGUUUCCGUAAACAUCCCAUUGCAGUCAUGUGUGAUGUGGAAAAGAUGUUCCACCGGUUUCAUGUCAGCAAAGAAGAUAGGGACUAUUUGCGGUUUCUCUGGUGGGAAAAUGGGGACACAAACUCAGAACCCACAGAAUACCGCAUGAAAGUGCACCUGUUUGGAGCAUCAUCUUCCCCUGGCUGUGCAAAUUAUGGCAUGAAACAUCUUGCCAGUCAGAGUGAGAAAGAAUGCCCCUCUGCAGCUAGCUUCAUCAAGAAGCAUUUUUACGUUGAUGAUGGCCUCAUAAGUGUGCAAUCAGUUGGCGAAGCAAUUAAGUUAGUGAAGGAAGCCCAAGCUGUGUGUGCUAAAGGAAAGUUGCACCUUCACAAAUUUCUUUCCAACAACCGAGAAGUACUUGAUUCCAUCAGCAUUGCAGAACGCGCUGAGGAGGUAAAAAAUGUUGAUCUCAGUCAUGAUGACUUACCAGUGCAAAGAGUGUUAGGUAUAAGAUGGAACAUUGAAAGUGACAGCUUCACCUUCAAGGUGACACCUGAUGAGAAGCCAGCGACACGGCGAGGGAUUCUCUCAGUCGUGGCCUCUUUAUACGAUCCUUUAGGGUUUCUAGCCCCAUUUAUUCUUGAAGGAAAAAGAGUGCUGCAGGAGAUGUGUCAGAGAGGUACUGGGUGGGACGAACCACUACCCAGGGACUUGAAGUUCAGGUGGGAGACUUGGAUGAAGGAUUUGGAAAACCUUGAGAAGAUCGAGAUUCCAAGAUGCUUCAUACCUGACAGCUUUGGUGAGGUCCAGAGAGUUGAGCUACAUCAUUUUUCUGAUGCAAGCAGUCAAGGGUAUGGUCAGUGCUCUUACAUCAGAUUGUUGAGCAAGGAGAAAGUGCACUGCUCCUUGGUCAUGGGCAAAGCAAGAGUUGCACCAACUAAAAUAGUCACUAUACCAAGGUUGGAGCUAACUGCUGCAGUAAUCUCAGCAGCCAUGAGCAACAUGUUAAAGGAGGAGCUAGAGCUCAAGAUCGAUGAGGAAUAUUAUUGGACAGAUUCUCAAGUGGUUCUCGGCUACAUCAGUAAUGAAGCACGAAGGUUUCAUAUCUUUGUUGCAAACCGUGUCCAGAGAAUUCGAGAAACCACUGACACAAGACAAUGGCACUACGUUGAAACAGGGGAAAACCCUGCCGACCACGCCUCCAGAGGUCUCAAGGUGGCUGACCUCAUUAACUCAAACUGGUUCUCUGGUCCUAAAUUUUUAUGGAAGAGAGAGAUAGCCACAAACCAGGUUACAUCAGAGCUACUGGUGGGAGAUCCGGAGGUGAGGAUUACACAGGUGCUGAAAACAGAGGCUGCAAGGCAAUUUGAUGUUCAAGGACACCUGUCACGGUUCUCAAGAUGGACCACAGCGAUCAAUGUCAUUGCCCGUAUCAAGCGAUUAGCUAAUAGGGUAAAGACCACAGAUCCUUUAAAUGUGGAAGAGAGAAAGCAAGCUGCACUGACUCUUAUCAAGCUUGCACAACAAGAUGCUUUCCAAGAGCCGUUGAGCAUGCUCCACCAGAAAUCAGGAAAGCUACCUUACAACCACCAACUCUAUCAGCUUGACCCGUUCCUUCAAGAUGGUAUAAUGAGAGUGGGAGGAAGACUGAGAAAGGCUUCUGUGCCUUUUGAGCUGAGACACCCAGUAAUCCUUCCCAAAGAUGGCGCUGUCACAAACCUUAUCAUUGCUCAUCACCAUGACAAAAUACAACACCAAGGCAGAGGACAAACUCUCAAUGGGCUAAGGGCCAAUGGUUACUGGAUAGUUGGUGGAAGUAAAGCCGUAGCCCAAUACAUCAGGCAGUGUGUACGGUGCAGGAGGGUGCGCGCACCGCCAGAGGAACAACGGAUGGCGGACUUACCGAGUGACCGUGUUGAUCCCGCACCACCGUUCAUUUACUGUGGCAUGGACUGCUUCGGCCCUUUCCACACCAAGCGAGGUCGUAAAGAACAAAAACGGUACGGUCUCCUCUUCACAUGUCUAUGUUCCAGGGCAGUACACAUCGAAAUGCUGGAAGAUAUGACCUCUGAUGCAUUCAUCAAUGCCUUACGAUGCUUCAUAGCUAUCCGUGGAGCUGUAAGACACAUUAGAUCGGAUCAAGGCACUAACUUCAUGGGUGCAAAAAAUGAAAUGGCAAGGGCUCUGAAGGAACUGAAUAAGGAAAGAGUGGCUGCAUAUUUGGCAGAUAAUCAAUGCGACUUCCAGAUGAACACACCACACUCAAGUCACACUGGAGGUGUCUGGGAGCGCCAAAUCAGGACAGUGAGAAGUGUACUGAGCACAGUCCUCGCCUACAGUGAUGGAAGAUUGGACGAUACCUCUCUAAGGACAUUCCUUUAUGAAGCUAUGUCUAUUGUAAAUAGCCGUCCACUUACUGUCGAUACUAUCAACGACCCCACAAGUUUAGAGCCACUCACACCAAAUCAUUUGAUUACGAUGAAAUCCUCGUUUCCACUUCCCCCACCAGGAAAGUUCAGCAAGGAAGACCUGUAUGCUAAGAAACGGUGGAGACGGGUCCAGUUUCUGUCUGAACAGUUUUGGCACAGAUGGAGGAAGGAAUACCUGUCAAACAUUGCUCUGCGGCAACGAUGGCAUGCACCAAGGCGUAACGUGAAUGUGGGUGAUAUUGUGAUCAUCAAAGAGGAGGACAUCCCUCGCAACGAGUGGAAACUUGCUAAGGUUGUUGAAGCACAUGAGGAUGACGAUGGACUGGUACGAAAAGUGACGGUGCAGAUUGGAGAGCGGAAGUUAGGAAAAAAGGGUGAGCGCCUCAGCCAGCCAUCCAUCGUUCAAAGACCCAUUCAGAAGUUAGUGGUGCUAGUUAAGAGUAGCUAAAGAAGGGAAAGUCAUUGUUUAAAUGUCUCCUUUUAAGCUAAAAGUGGUUGUUAUACUAACGUUCAUCCUUAAUUGGAUAUUCAGUACAUGUUGAGAUGUGAAUUACACUGGUAAUCUGUGUUUUGAAUUUUGUGUAGGAAAUCAUAUGUUCAAUUUCCAGAUGUCAGAGUGUUACACGAAACAACAUACCAGUGCUUGGAAAUUACUGUUGAUUAUUUAAUGAAGAGUAUAAGUGUAUUGCACAUCUUCAUUUGUGUUAAUCAAAGGUAAUUUGGUGGGAGUGUAGCUGACGCUCGCAAUAUGGCUAUGUUACCAUGGCAAUGUCAGAAGUUAAGGUGCAAUCAUCAUAUUGCAGUUCUGAUUGUUUAUUUGUUUACAUAGAUUGUGGUGAAACAUCCUGAAUUAUGAUCCAUGAUUGUUGUGGGAUCUUGCGGAAAUGUUUAGUUUUAUUGUGAAAAGGUCACUUCCUGUGUAGCUUAAGCCGGAAGUUGUGAGCGGGAAUUGAGAAAGAGAUGACUGUCUACUACUGGCUAACCAGGCGUACACGUUUUCACGGUGUUCCUUAACCACGACGAAAGACAAUAAAAAGGUUGUGGACAUCA